AUGCUGGAGUUUUAUCACAAUCUCAACAUUAACACCGGUCUACCACCACCAGCAUCAAACGCCGAUACUAAUUUAAAGGAUAAUAAUAACAUGCUGGACGGUAACGAACGGACAGAUAUCGUCGGUACAAUCAAGAGUGAAAAGACGCAGGAAAUAUGUGAAGGAUGCGGACAAAAGAUAAAGGAUCGCUACUUCAUGAAGCUCUCCCCGGACCAGUUCUGGCACGAGCAGUGCCUUCUCUGCUGCAUAUGCCACAUUCAGCUAAACCAAACGUGCUACACCAAAAACACCAAGGUCUAUUGCAAGGACGAUUACUAUCGGAUUUUCGGUGUGUCAUCCGUUCAUCAGCAGCAGCACCAGCACCAACAGCACGGCCAGCAGCGGGACUGUUACGGCUGCGGAGAACGUAUCGCACCGAGCGAGUUAGUAAUGCGGGCGAAACAUCUCGUCUACCAUCUGCACUGCUUCCUGUGCUAUACCUGCAACCGGCCGUUACAGAAAGGAGAACCAUUUUCCAUCCGUGCCGGCAAGCUAAUCUGUCAGCAUGACCUGGAGAAGGAUUUCUACGGUGCUGCGGCAGCAGCGGCGGCCGCAGCUGCCAUACAUCACCAUCACGGUGCUGCUGGUUUGCCGCAUCCAACGCAUCUUCCACCUACGGCGCACCUGUACGGCGAUGGUGAUGAGUAUCUGCUCGACGAUGGACUCCGGACGCGCGAUGGUCGUCGUGGACCGAAGCGACCUCGGACGAUCCUCACCUCUGCACAGCGGCGUCAAUUUAAAGCUUCGUUCGAUGUGUCACCGAAACCUUGCCGCAAGGUAAGGGAAGCAUUGGCCAAAGAUACCGGUCUGUCGGUGCGAGUAGUUCAGGUGUGGUUCCAAAACCAGCGGGCGAAAAUGAAAAAGAUUUCGCGUAAAUCCAAGACGAACGCUAGCGGGGCUGACGGUGAGAAGAACCAUUCGGAUAAGGAGGAUAAGUCGAUCAAGCUGGAAUCGCCGAGCAGCGAUCACAGCCACUAUCUGGGUCUGGACAGUUCGUACAGCUCAUCCAGUCAACCGUUGAAUCCGAACCUCCCUUACUCGCCCGAUUUCCCCGACAAUUCCGAUGCCAGUCUUUGCAGUUCGGACAUUUCGCUGGACGAAAGUUUCGACAAUGUGGACGAGGCAACGUCCGAUACAAUGUCACUACAAAACCUCGAUCUUCAGCCAAACCUUAGCAACAAUGGUGGUGGGAUUGGCACGUGUUCCGGUCCCCCCGGUGUACAUAAUGGCCCACAGCAAUUAGUCAAUCACAACAACAAUACCAUCGGUUCGAUGAUGUCGAACAUGGCCGGCAGCAUUACGCACAUCGAUAAGCUCUACCUGAUGCAGAACUCCUACUUCAACUCGACGCAGAUCGAACAAUGA